ACCAGGUUGUCACAUGAAUCGAAAUGAGUCAUCUUUAGGAAAACUUUAUUUUUAAACCUUUAAAAUCAGUCAUGCCUUACGUAGCGAGUAACAAUCUAGGCUACUAUUCUAUAGUGUACGCUUUGAGCCUUUUUAUCCUGAUUUGUGUUGGGUUGUAUUACAAUCUUUCUGGCCUCGGAACAAGAUUUGAUAUAGGAUGGUUUUUGGAGGAGACAUCUCCUUUCAUGUGGGCUUCUCUUGGAAUAGGACUGGCUAUUUCUCUGUCUGUGGUUGGUGCUGCUUGGGGCAUUCUGAUCACAGGUUCGAGUAUUUGUGGAGGAGGUGUUAAAGCACCAAGAAUCAAAACCAAAAACCUGAUCAGUAUUAUCUUCUGUGAAGCCGUUGCGAUUUAUGGAAUCAUCAUGUCCAUUGUUAUGUCAAACUACAUUUCGGCUGUACAUGAUUUCAAAACGCCAGAAGCAAUACAACAAUAUCAUACCACAGGAUUUCUGGUUUUUGCUGCUGGUUUGACAGUUGGAUUUUCAAAUCUCUUCUGUGGUAUUUGUGUGGGGAUUGUUGGAAGUGGGGCCGCUCUUGCCGAUGCUCAGAAUUCAUCUCUCUUUGUCAAGGUUUUGAUAGUGGAGAUCUUUGGAAGUGCUAUUGGGCUAUUUGGGGUCAUCAUUGCUAUUAUACAGACCAGUAAAGCAACGCCAAUGGGGUCUAUCAAGGAUCAUAUCUAACAAUAGCAUUUGUCAGUUAACAAUGAUGAUAUUAAUUUUGGUUGGGUGUGUGACUCUUCAAAAUAGGUUACUUUCCUGACACAUACCUCUGUUGUGAAAAAAUAUUUUUUUUAAAUUUCAUAAUAGUAUUACAUUAUAAUUUUUCCUGAUAAUAUGGACAACUAUGUUGUUAUGCCUCUUCUUAGUUCAAUUUUACUCCUUCCCUGAUAAUAAUGAUGUAUUAUUCCCAUAGUAUAAUUGUAAUCCUUUGAUCUGUUCACAUUCGAUGAACCACUAGUUCAAAUUUUGGUGGAUUGAUAGGGUAUGACAUAAAUGUUUGUGUAAUUUGUGCCUGUGUACAGAAAAAUUGAAUUAAACCAAAGAAAAAUGAGACAGUUUUUAAGGGUAACAUUUUACCACAACUAAUUGCUCAUAGUGCAUUUGUGAUUGAAUGUGAUCUGGAAUUCUUGAUGAAGUAAUCAAAAUUCUUGACAUCACCUGAGAGGGUAGUGGAGUGUCAAUUAGGCAUGGAAUAUCUGUGGUAUGUGCGGAACAUUUCUAUCAUAACAAUAUUUUAAUUACGUCUGCGGUAAUAAUUGAGAUGACAGUCUAGUUAGUGUUAGUCGACUAACUAAGAUAAACUGAUACCACAAAAUCUCACUUAUUAAUUUCUUGUUGUAAACAUUGGCUUGAAAGAAUGUAACUCAUUAGUACAUGAAGAAAAAAUAAAUCUAAUGCUAAAUUUAAAAAUGUUCAAUUAUGUUAGACAUGGUGCAGGCCUUAACAUGUUGGGCCAUUGUCAAUGCAUGGGGAGUUCUCAGUUGAACAUCUGAUUAUAAAUUCUCCCUUUUA